UGCGUUAAGAAUUUCGCCGGUGCUGAAGCGCCGAUCAAAUGCGCAGGCGUCAGGCUGAGGACGUCCCUGAGUUUCACGCAUGCGCGCAGUACACAAGGCUUUGAAAAUGUCGGUUGCAGGUUAAAAAUGAGAAGGAAUUCAUCUCCAGGAAACUCAAACACGACACACCAGUUUUGUUGUCUCUGUCUGGGUAUUUAAGAAGUGGAACAAGGGAUCCAAUUGACCACCCUUCCUGCUCAGACUGUGGGGAGGGAUUCACUCGGUCAUUUGACCAACUUGCACACCUGUAAUUUACACAGGAGAAGGGCCUUUCACCUGCACAGACGGUGGGAAUGGAUUCACUUGGUUAUCACAAUUGAAGGUACAUCAGCAAGUUCACACUGGGCAAGGCCAUUCACCUGUUCUGUGUGUGAGAAGGGGUUCAGUCAGUCAUCCCACCUGUGGACACACCAGUCAGUUCACACUGGGCAGAGGCUGGUCGACUGCUGAGUAUCUGGGAAAGGAUUCACUUAGUCAUCUGAUCUAAUGGCACACCAGUGUGGUCACACUGGGGAGAAGCCAUUCACCUGCUCAGUCUGUGGGAAAGGAUUUACACAGUCAUCUACCCUACUGGUACACCAGCGAGGUCACACUGGGGAGAAGCCGUUCACCUGCUCAGUCUGCGGGAAGGGAUUCAUUCAGUCAUCCUACCUACAGAGACAUCAGCGAGUUCACACUGGGGAGAAGCCUUUCACCUGCUCAGUCUGUGGGAAGGGAUUCACUCAGUUAGCUAACCUACAGAAUCACCUGCGAAUUCACACUGGGGAGAAGCCGUUCACCUGCACAGUCUGUGGGAAGGGAUUCACUCAGUCAGCUAACCUACAGAAUCACCUGCGAGUUCACACUGGGGAGAAGCCGUUCACCUGCUCAGUCUGUGGGAAGGGAUUCACUGAGUUAUCUAACCUGCUGAGUCACCAGCGAGUUCACACUGAGGAGAAGCCAUUCACCUGCUCAGUCUGUGGGAAGGGAUUCAUUCAGUUAGUUAACCUACAGAAUCACCUGCGAGUUCACACUGGGGAGAAGCCGUUCACCUGCUCAGUCUGUGGGAAGGGAUUCAUUCAGUCAUCCAACCUACAGAGACAUCAGCGAGUUCACACUGGGGAGAAGCCAUUCACCUGCUCAGAAUGUGGGAAGAGAUUCACUGAGUCAUCCACCCUGCUGGUACAUCAGCGAGUUCACACUGGGGAGAGGCCGUUCACCUGCUCAGUCUGUGGGAAGAGAUUCACUAAUUUUUCCAGCCUACAGAGACAUCAGCGAGUUCACACUGGGGAGAGGCCGUUCACCUGCUCAGUCUGUGGGAAGAGAUUCACUGAAUCAUCCACCCUACUGGAUCAUCAGCGAGUUCACACUGGGGAGAGGCCAUUCACCUGCUCAGUCUGUGGGAAGGGAUUCAUUAAGUCAGCUAACCUACGGAAUCACCUGCGAGUUCACACUGGGGAGAGGCCAUUCACCUGCGCAGUCUGUGAGAAAGGAUUCACUGUGUCAUCCACCCUACAGAGACAUCAGCGAGUUCACACUGUGGAGAAGCCGUUCACCUGCUCAGAAUGUGGGAUGGGAUUCACUCAGUUAGCUAACCUACAGAGACAUCAGCAAGUUCACACAGGGGAGAGGCAAUUCACCUGCUCAGAAUGUGGAAGGAGAUUCGCUGACUCUUCUACCCUGCAGAGUCAUCAGCGAGUUCACACUGGGGAGAGGCCAUUCACCUGCUCAGUCUGUGGGAAGAGAUUCACUCAUUUAUCCAGCCGACAGAGACAUCAGCGAGUUCACACUGGGGAGAAGCCAUUCACCUGCUGAGAAUGUGGGAAAGGAUUCACUCAGUCAUCCCAUCUGCUGGGACACCAGUCAGUUAUUAUGAAUCCCUAGGUUUUGUUUGCUGUGGACAUUCAUUUUAAGAGAGAGAGUGAUUAAGAAGGCGAAUCAGUCUGGCUUGCAGCUUGUUUACAUCGCUCACAGCUUGUUUAGUUUUAACCGAGGACACUGACACUCAGAGUCAGACAGAGACAAAGGAGGAAAAAUGGCAAGAAUCGAAACCAGGGAACUAGUG